GCUCUGGGAGCCCUUGGAGCUUCCACAGCCUGGCAGGUCCAGCUCAGGUGACUCACAGAGGGAACACACAGCCCAGAAUGGACACUGAGCCUGGAAAACGCUCCCUUUUCCAGGCAAGAGUCCGUAAGGAUGAAUGGCUCUGAGCUCGCCAGCACCACGGCAUCCAGUCCCAAAUCCAAGGAGGAGCAGGUGGUGAACGGGCACGAUGAGAAGGAGAACAACCCCUUUGCUGAGUACAUGUGGAUGGAGAACGAGGAGGACUUCAACAGGCAGGUGGAGGAGGAGCUGCAGGAGCAGGAAUUCCUCGACCGCUGCUUCCAGGAGAUGCUGGAGGAGGAGGACCAGGACUGGUUCAUCCCGUCCCGGGACCUGCCCCAGGGGGUGGGGCAGCUGCAGCAGCAGCUCAACGGGCUCUCGGUGGGGGACGGCCACAGCUCCGAGGACAUUCUGAGCAAAAGCAACUUGAAUCCAGAUGCCAAGGAGUUUGUGCCAGGCGUGAAGUACUGACAGGCCAGGCCUGGAGACAGACUGAGUCCCUGCUGCAGGGAAUGCCAGGGGAUAGAGGGGGGACAGCCCGGCUGGACUCGGCGCCGGGAUCUGCUCCAGCUUCAAGUACCUGUUUUUUUCCUCCUUUUUUUUUUUUUUUUUUUUUAACACUUUGUAUCGUCCCAUCACCUUUUUUUGGCGGUUUUUUUGCUUCCUGGGACGUGUGGCCCUCGGGCCUGUCCUGGAUUCCAGCCUCUCCCUGCUCCAGAGGCCCAUUCCUGCGUGUGCUUCAGCCCUGCUAGUGGGAAGAUCCUGCGAAGAUCAGGUGUGCUCGUUUCAGUAGGAUUUUUAGGGCUCCCCUGCCAGCAGCCAGCCCGGGCUGGAGCUGCACUGGCCUUCCCCAGUUCCCCUAAAGCGGAUUUCUUCACUCCAGGUGAAGUGCACCAAGCUGUGAUCCCGAAAUUCCUCCAGGCAGCCGCUGCCCCGGCUCCACGAUGGAAGCUGAGCACUCCUUCCCACAUUCCCGUGCUGGCAGGGGGGUCCUUCCUGCUCCAGCAGUUCUGGGGGUGCUCAGGGGGGCCCAGACCCCCCAGGCAUCAACCCCUGGGAAGGGCAGCUCCUCCCAAACUCCUCCUUCAGGAAUGCCCUCCCCAGCUCUUGAGCUCAUCCAACACUGCAGGCCGUGGCUCUGAAGCCUCAGCAUCCUCAUUCCUCUUGGAUUUAAGUCUGUUCUUGGCACAGAGGAGGUGGGAGGGGUGUGGAGCAGCUUCCCUGGGUCAGGAGCAGGAUCCCCCUUUGGGAUGAGCCUGAGCCCUGAGGAACCCCCCGAGGGAUGAUUUUGGGAGGGGACGGGCAGAUCCUGGUGCUGGUCCCUUUUCCCUUUUCCCAGGCCCUGGUGCUGCCUUCAGCAGAGCCCCUGGAGCAGCUGUUGGAGCAGGAUCCAUGUCUCCAUUGGCUGAGCUCCUGGGAACCUCCUUCCCCACCUGUGGGAGCUGCAGCUCCCAAACCACAGCCCUGGCACUUCCAGGGGUCUAAAUCGGGGGCUGAACGGGAUCCUUCGGAGAGCCAGGGCUGGAAAUCCCCAUCCAGGGAAAGUGGGAGCUCCUGGGGGUCAGAAAUCCCUGUCCAGGGAAUACAGGUGUGUCCCAGGGCAGGCAAUCCCUGUCCAGAGAAAGGAGGAGCUCCUUGGGGUAGGAAAUCCCUAUCCAGGAAAAGUGGGAGCUUCCCAGGUUAGAAAUCUCUGAGAAAACAGGAGGUUCCCCAGGUCAGAAAUCCC